AUGCUAAAAUUAAGAAAAGUGACGAUACUGAUGAUGAGGCCGAUGAUAACCCUGAAUGCUUUUACUGUGGGGAAGUUUGGUCUAAAUCAAAACAUGAAGAUGGCUGGAUACAGUGCUCUAGCUGCAAGCGAUGGGCCCAUGAAGCAUGCUCGGGUUGUGAUGACGCCGAUGAUGUCUUUCAUUGCGAAUUCUGUUCGUGAGAAUAUUUUCUUUUUAUUGAAUGUUAAUGAAUAA